CACACACACACACACAGCUCCAGAUCCACGGAGCGAGGGAUGCUCGCGGUGUCUGUCCGCGGCAGCGCUCCUCCGACGGCGGCAGCAUGUCCACAGUGAUGAGCGGCUUGGUGAACAUGGCGAGUCUCGCGGAUUUCGAGCCGCUCGCGGCGGUGAUUCCCGCCACGAAAGUUGAGAUCACCGUGUCGUGCAGAAACCUCUUGGACAGAGACACCUUCUCAAAAUCUGAUCCAAUUUGUGUGCUGUACACUCAGACUGUGGCAAACAGAGAGUGGAGAGAGUUUGGCAGGACAGAAGUCAUCGAUAACACGCUGAAUCCAGACUUUGUGCACAAAUUCAUCCUCGAUUACUUCUUUGAAGAGAGACAAAAUUUGCGCUUUGACCUGUAUGACCUCGACUCAAAGAGUGAAAACCUGUCCAAACAUGAUUUCCUCGGCCAGAUGUACUGUACUCUCGGAGAGUUGGUGGGCUCUCAGGGUAGUCGUAUGGAAAGAUCGCUUGUAGGCAUUCCUGGGAAGAGCUGUGGGACUAUUAUUGUGAAAGCUGAAGAACUGGGAAAUUGCAGGGAGUCAGUAUUGAUGCAGUUUUGUGGCAACAAACUGGACAAAAAAGAUUUCUUCGGAAAGUCAGACCCUUUCCUGGUCUUUUACCGUAGCAAUGAAGAUGGAACAUUUACCAUCUGUCAUAAGACAGAGGUGGUGAAAAACACGCUGGACCCUGUAUGGCAGGCCUUCAAGAUCCCAGUCAGAGCACUGUGUAACGGGGACUAUGACAGAGCAAUAAAAAUCGAGGUGUAUGACUGGGACAGAGAUGGAGGUCAUGACUACAUCGGUGAGUUCAGCACCAGCUACAGGGAGCUCUCUAAAGGCCACUCUCAGUUUACUGUGUGGGAGGUGCUGAACCCCAAGAAAAAGAAAAAGAAGAAGAAAUAUCUAAACUCAGGAACCGUCACUCUGCUGUCCUGCUUCAUUGAUGUCGAGGUUACGUUCCUGGACUACAUCAAAGGAGGCACUCAAAUUAAUUUCACAGUGGCCAUUGAUUUUACUGCAUCAAACGGCAACCCUUCCCAGCCUACCUCUCUACACUACAUGAGCCCAUAUCAUCUGAAUGCGUAUGCACUGGCCCUCAGAGCCGUGGGGGAGAUUAUUCAGGACUACGACAGUGAUAAGCUGUUCCCUGCACUGGGGUUUGGUGCAAAACUGCCACCUGAUGGCCGCGUGUCUCACGAAUUCCCCCUGAACGGGAACCCAGAAAACCCAUAUUGCAGUGGGAUAGAGGGUGUUCUAGAGGCGUAUUAUCAGAGUCUGAAAUCUGUUCGUCUGUAUGGACCAACAUACUUCUCACCUGUCAUUAAUCAUGUAGCAAGAUAUGCGUCAUUAGUAAAGGAUGGCUCUGAAUACUUCAUCCUCCUCAUCAUCUCUGAUGGGGUCAUCUCAGACAUGGCUCAGACGAAAGAAUCCAUUGUAAAUGCCUCCAGUCUUCCCAUGUCAAUUAUCAUCGUUGGAGUCGGGCCCGCUGAGUUUGAUGAGAUGAUUGAACUAGAUGGAGAUGAGGUCAGGAUAUCAUCCAGGGGUCGCUUCGCGGAGAGAGACAUUGUGCAGUUCGUUCCUUUCCGAGACUACAUCGAUCGCAGAGGGAAUCACAUCCUCAGCAUGGCCCGUCUGGCCAAAGACGUUCUUGCAGAAAUCCCGGAUCAGUUCCUCCAGUACAUGAGGAGCCGAGGCAUCAAACCCCAGCACUCAUCCCACUCCAGCUCCUCCAAACCCCUGUCCACACUCGUCCAGCCGCUGCAGACGCAGAUCUGAGCCAUCGCACAAAC